UCACAUUUUACUAACUCAUUUUGCUUCAGUUAUAUUAAGUCUCUCGUUGACUAGGAGUUUAAACACUAAGCUUUAAAUUAAACUCAAAUUAUUUUGUACAAAGGGCAUAAUUUUGAUGUAAAAUCAAACUGGCUACAGUUUAAAUAACUUUUUAAACGAAAUUCAUUUAAAUAGCCACAGCUGCUAAUAGCGAAUUCAGUUGCAAUUCAUAUUGCGAAAAAUAAACGUUGAUUUUCAAUUUUUUUAACUCGUUAACGGAUAAUAGGAUAUUUCGAUAAAAACAACCAAAAUGUUAAAAUUUAUUGUACUUUUAUCGUGCCUAAUAGUUGCUGGAAGUUCUUCUGAUCUUUUUCGUGUAAAAAUUCAGAAAUUCAAAUCUGUACGUAAACAUUUUGCUGAAGUCGGUACAGAAUUUGAGAUCCGUAAAUUGGAUCACCCUACUAGAGGAGCAUCAGGCCGUGUUCACCGAGAACCACUUACCAAUUAUUUUGACACUCAGUAUUUUGGUGAAAUAACCAUUGGAACUCCACCACAGUCAUUUAAAGUAAUAUUUGACACGGGAUCGUCCAACCUUUGGGUUCCUUCGAAAAAGUGUAGCAUCUUAAAUUUUGCCUGUCUGUUACACAAUAAAUAUAAUUCAAGGAAAUCGUCCACUUACACUCGAGAUGGCACUCCAUUCGCCAUUGCUUAUGGUACUGGUUCCUUGACUGGCUUUUUAUCUACUGACAAUGUAAAUAUUGGAGGAAUGGAAAUCCAGCAACAGACAUUUGCUGAAGCCAUACAAGAACCCGGAAGUGUUUUUGUUGCAGCCAAAUUCGAUGGAAUACUUGGUUUGGGUUAUAGUUCAAUUGCUGAGAAUGACGUUGUUCCUCCAUUUUAUAAUCUUUAUGAACAAGGCUUGGUGAAAGAACCAGUUUUCUCAUUUUAUUUGAACAGAAACCCAGAUGGCGAAGAAGGAGGAGAAAUUAUUUUUGGAGGAUCUGAUAAGGAACAUUACAAAGGUCAAUUUACAUAUUUGCCAGUAACUGAAGAAGGCUAUUGGCAGUUCAAAAUGGACUCAGGAUCAAUUGGUGAUGUGAAAUUCUGUGAAAAUGGUUGCCAGGCUAUUGCUGAUACCGGAACCAGUCUGAUUGUUGGUCCAACAACUGAAAUCGAUGCUAUCACCAAGGCUUUAGGAGCAAUCCCAUUAAGUGGAGGAUACGUUAUAGAUUGUGAAUCGAUUUCCGAAUUGCCUGUAGCUCACUUUGUUUUGGGUGGGAAAACCUUUAGUUUAGAAGGCAAGGACUAUGUUAUUAACAUUUCUAAUGGAACGUGCUUGACGGGAUUCAGUGCAAUGGAUCAAUAUUCUCUAGGCCAACCAAUGUGGAUUCUUGGAGAUGUUUUCAUUGGAAAAUUCUACACUGAGUUUGAUUUAGGCAAAAACCGUGUUGGCUUCGCAGAAGCUGUUUAAGAGGAAACUCUGUUUUGUUUUUAUUUAAGUUUUUCCGAAAAGUCGAAGAAUUUAUUCAUACAUAUAAGUAAUUGCAGUUUUUGUAAAAUAAAACUAAGUUACAUAGUUUGCAUUUGAAA